CUUCUUUCUCUCUUCUUUCCCUCCCACUUCCUUCAAAACCCUUCUCUUUCUUUCUCUCUUCUUUCCCUUCCACUUCCUUCAAAACCCUUAUAUAUACAUACACACACAGAUAAACAACUCCGCUCAAACAUUCAGACAAUAAUCAACAAACAAUGUCACGCUCGAUAGAAAUCACGGUGAUCUCCGGUGAAGGACUACGAGUGGAUCCAAAACAUCCGGUGAAGAAAAAUGCUUUCGUCGUAGUCCGGACCGACUCCGGUAAGGCCGAAGCAACGAGGCUCGACACCGAAGGCGGAAGCUACCCUGUGUGGAAUGAGAAGCUGGUAGUGGACAUACCGGUUCACUCGCGGUUCAUGACGGUGGAGGUGCAAUGCAAGACUAGUUCCGGCAACAAAGUGAUUGGGAUUGCGAGAAUUCCGGAGUCGGACUUCGUCGGAGGUUACAUUCCGGAUAACUACCUGCACUUCUUGAGUUACAGGUUGAGGGAUGUCAGUGGCGAGCGGAACGGGAUUAUUAAUCUGUCGGUGAGAAUGAAGGUGCCGGAAAAUUCGAGUUGUGCGGCUUCGUGCUCGCGGCCGUGGAUGGCGGCUCCGGCAGCGGAUAAGGUUUCUGGUGGAGCCUUGACAGGCAUUCCAGUUUGGUAUUAUUGAUAUCAAAUCUAGUGAGGUGUUGGCAGUAUUUCAAAGUAGUUUUGUGUAUUGGCAUCUGAAAAAAGAGAUGAUCCAAAGGAUUGGGGGUAGUACUGUAAUUAGUAGCCUGUGGCAGAAAUAUCAAGGGUUCUCAACAUACCUUUCUUUCAAAGCAAGCCAAGCAAUGAAAAUCAUUUGGGUUAUGUUUUGAUGAAGUGGCAUGUGAUAAUAUAUCUCUGGAUCUGUAAAUAUUUAUAUCAAUGCAAUAUGAGAACUAAAACAAAUUGAUAGACAAGAGCUU